CUUUGCACUUGUGCGUCACAAGUGUCUCCAUCUCCCACGCCGCAAGCCAUGUUGAUUGUGUCGAGCCACGACUUUGAGAGCGGGUGGAAGCCCGUCGAGGGCCAAGGCGCGUGGACCAAAGCCGAGCACGAGCGGUUCCUUGCCGCCAUGGAGGUGUACCCCAAGGGUCCGUGGAAGAGCAUCGCCGACAUCGUCAAGACGCGCACCGUGCGCCAGACGCAAACGCACGCACAAAAGUACCGCGAAAAACUCGCGCGUCGCCAGCGCGGUCUCCGCAACAAGCACAUGAUCCGCCACGAGAUUCUGAGCGCCCUCGCGCCCAAGGAAGAGGCGUUUGACGUCGUGCCGCUCAAGGAGGAGCAGCGACUGACGCUGUCGCUGACCAACCUCCCGGCCAGCGCCAUGCCGCCACUCUCGGUCUGCCUCGACUUUCUCCUCGACGCACUCGACGACAACAAGAAGCUGGGCGACGACGCGAUCGUGGCCGUCGAAGAAGUUUAGACCCCUUCGCGCUGCGAGUAUAUUUAUGGCCGCCCGUUCGUCCCGUCCCGUUUGAUGGCAAAUUAGAUGUG